AUGGCUUCUGCAAAGACUCAAAAGGCCCUCUUUGUUACCGAAUUGGGCAAGCCAGUAACGGCAGGCACUCGCGAACUCCCAGCCCUGGGUCCUCAUAAAAGUAACUACAACUCAACGCCAGUAUUCUCCCAUCCCCAGAGCUCCAGCCAAUCUCCGAUCAAAAGCCCAGUCCUUCCCCACGAUACGUAUGGCCGCGACGUGGGACUCUUCUUCGCAGACCACCUCCCCUACGUCUUAGGUUCCAACAUCGCCGGCACAGUACAAUCACCCAACCCUGCAUACAGCCUCGGGACACACAUCUACGGUCCCGGCAACCCUCUAUCCUCAGUACCAAACUACUCCGGGGUACAAGAGUACACACCCCUCACUGUCUCGAAUUCUGCUCCCAUCCCAGAGGGUAUCAGAGAUGAGGGAGCAGCCACGUUACCGAUUAAUGAAGUGUUGUUCCACCCCAAUCAUAUUGCCCUUUCUCCUCCUUGGUCCCAGGAAGCUGCGAGCUUUGAAUACAGCAAAGGGACGCUGGUGGACUAUUUGCCAAUUUCUCGAACACCGUAG